GUGCACGCGGGCCAGCAAUGGAGCCAGCCAUCAGCUUCGUUGGGGCCAACGAAUCUGGCGGCUUGGGGGGCAGUAUGGGGAGUGAUGUAUGUGGAUCCGGAUUAAGGGCAAUGCCUGUGCGGCGCCCAAGCAUGGGGCUACGAAGAUACCAGGCAGAGCCCCAAGAGCCGACACUUCCAAUUGGCCUGCCCACGACAGCUCCAAACUCUGCGAGAGAUGAUUCAGAGGGAAUAGGUGCGAACGGCAUGCCAGAAGCCUACAAGGUCUGCAUCUCGGUGCCUGGGCUAGAGUGCGACCUGCAAGCAGAGUCACGGCACAGACCAGAAGCUUUGCACUUGCACCAGGUUGUCAGCAAGUUUGGCCCGCCCGUAGACAAACAAAGUUCUAUCAUGGCCAUGAACGGCCAAAUGAACCUGCAGGAAGCGCAGCUUGCAGCACGGCCAUGCCAUGAUGAUAUUGAGGGUGAGGAUAAAGGAGUGGCUAGCAGCAUUCCGCCAGCGCAGAGCGCAGUGGUUCUGAAUUCCGCUCAAGUGGAAGCGAUAGCUGUUGCUGCAGCGGCAGUGGAGCAUGCUAGUCGGUCAAUCUCCCUGAAAAUGCUACAUGAGUUGCGGUCCUUCCGGCAGCCACCAACCGCAGUUUGUCAGGUUGUUGAUGCCCUUUCGACGUUGCUGGGCUGCUAUGAGUCUACCUGGUCUGCAGUGAAGCGACGGUUGGAUUCAGCUUUGUUGCACCGAUUAACUUCCUUCAGUGCCAUGGAAGCAGCUAGAUGCCCGUCCUCUCGAGCGCAGGACUUUCUUGAGCUUUUGGAAGCUCCUGCAUUUCGUGAUGGCUCUCUAGCAGACAAGUGUCCUGCUGUUGCGCCGCUGGCAGACUGGUGCUUGGCCGUUGCGCACUUGCUUGUACAGUUGCGAGCCGCAGAUUCGGAGAUGCAAACUGAGAGCAAGUUCCGAACCGCACCAGACACCGCCAAAGCGCAUCGGGAUGAUGCAGUUGCACUCAGCAACCGGGGAGGCCUGUACGUAAACCCCCCGCUGUGGGAGCUGGAUGAGGCCGCGCUUUGCUGCGUCGAGGACCUAGUUGUGGGUCGGGACGGGGUUGGCCACAUAACAUUCCACGGGCAAACCGAUUGCCGCAACUUGUUGAACAUGUUGCCGGAUAUCCUCAUGGUAGAACAAGGUGAAAUAGUCGUGUACCCAGAUGCCACCUUAAAGCCGGAGGUGGGAUGUGGCUUAAACAAGCCAGCCACAGUUGUACUGUACGGCUGCAUGCCCAAAUCCCAGACUUGCCUAACAGAUACCCGGGCACGUCACAGGUACAAGCAACGUGUUGCACAAAUGACGGAAGAGAAAGGUGCAAUCUUUGAGGACUAUGAUCCUGAUGAUGGCACCUGGAAGUUCCGUGUGCUCCACUUCUAA